AUGGCGUCCUCUACAGCAUCUGUACCUGGUUCUAAAGCUAAGGCUAAGCAUAAAAAUGCAGCUGAGACUCGUGGUGAUCCGGGGUGGAAUCAUGGAAUUGAUCUUGAUGAUUUUCCAAAGACUGCUUCAAAGGUGUUUGAAAUGCUAAAUGAUAUUGUUGAGAAGGUUGGAGAAGAAAAUGUUGUCCAGAACCAAUUUCCACUUCCCACUUCCCAUUGCCGCCAAUCUUUCCGCGACCCAUCUUCCUCUCCUGCCUCCGCGACCCAUCUUCCUCUCCGCGACCCAUCUUCCUCUCCGGCCUCCGCGACCCAUCUUCCUCUUCCCGACUCCUCUUCUCCACCUUCCGUCCCGACUCCCAAUCCGCCUGGCGACGGCCAACCCGCCACCACCAAAACCCUCUGCCGAUCUCCGCCUCCAUUCUCGAAUCCCGCCACCACCAAAACCCCCUGCCGAGCAUCCGCCUCUCCGAAUCCAUUACCGCCCGCGCCGCGCCCUCUCCGACUCCCUGCUCCUCUGCCCCGCCACCCUCUUCAGCUCUUCCUGCUCCUCAGCAACGCCUUCACGUCGUCUCUCACCUCCUCGCUGAACGCAACCGGACAAAACCCACUCCUUCUCAACCUCCCCGACCAGGCGACCACCUCUCCGCCGUCUCCCUUCGCUCAGUCGACUCCGCCGCCGGACACGCCACCAGGUCUAGAAUCGCCCUCCCGAGUCCCGGCCCCUCUCUCCAGCAUCAGCCGCUCGUUGCUUGUCUUGGGAAAGCUCUCCUCCAAUCCAAACACUCAAGUGCUUGAUAUCGCUUCAAAUGCCUCUGAAGCCGGAACUCCAAUUGUUAGUGGAGGUGAUGAGACUAUUGGUACUACUUCUACACCUAAUCCCACUAGUGAGAGUAGUAAUGGUGCUGCUGCACCUGCAGCACCUACUGGUGUAAUGGAUAGUGGACAACCAACAAGAUCUAAUGAGGUUAAUGUUCUUGAUACAAGUGGGCUUAAAAGUGAUGUUUGGUCGCAUUUCAACAGAAUUUUGAAGGAUGGGGUUCUUAAAGCCGAAUGCAUACGAUCAUCUAACCUUUAG